GCAGCAUCAGAGGAACUCCCACCUUUACGCGCACCUGAAGCUCAAUCGGCAAGCAUGCAGCAACAGGGGCGGCUGAAGCUGAGGCCAUGGCUGGAGGAGCAGAUUCAGUCUGGGAGGUACCCGGGGGUCAGCUGGCUGGACAAGUCUGCAUACAUCUUCCAAAUUCCAUGGAAGCAUGCGGCUCGCCAUGGCUGGAGCAUCGACAGGGAUGCUACGCUCUUCAGGAGUUGGGCCAUGCACACAGGGCGGUACCGUCCGGGCAAAGACAAGCCUGAUCCUAAGACAUGGAAAGCAAAUUUUCGCUGUGCUUUAAACUCCUUGCCUGAUGUGUGUGAGCUGCGUGAGCACAGCAAAAAGAGAGGCAGCAAUGCUUACAAAGUCUACAGGAUGCUGCCCCGCUCUCAAACACAGAGGCGCAAAAGAGGGUUGCGUUUGUUCAGCAAAACCAGAGAAAGACAUACCAGUUUAGAAGAUAGCAGACACGAUGACACAUGCAUGACACCAACCUGGCAACCCACAGCAACAGGACCCAUUUCAGAUGCAACGCAGGAGGUGGAAACAGCUGCACAAAACACCCUCAUCAACACUCAUCCAUACGAGAUGUGGGAGCCCAAACAAGAGAACCAGGAACAGAGUGAGGCUGUCUUUAAGCUAAUGGAACACUUCACCACCCAAGAUCUCUGGAACCAGACUGGGGAACAGAAAGGAUGGAGACAGCACAAUAUUUGGAACCAGUGGCCAUGUGCUACUGUUGAUGAAAACCCUUACCCUCACUACAUGGAGAACUGCAGUGAUCUGUUUGGACCAAACUACAUGAAGGAACUGUCUGACUGGUCCACACAUCAUUUAACACCAAUGCCAUAGCCAUGAGCCCAAAAGCCGUCCUCCCUCCAGUUGUGUUUACAAGCUAUUUUAUUAUUUUAUUUUCUUUUACAAAGAUUAUGCUAUGUAUCCCGUCAUUCAGGGAAGCUUUAAGACAAAAAAAAAAUAAAAAAAUAAGUAGCACUAAAGCCAGAGGGCAACGAUGCUGCCCUGUCAGUCAACUACAAUUCUAAGCAUGCCGGGAUGGAGAUCUUGUUGCAAGCCAAGCCUCGUAGCGGUUGUCAUCUCUUGUUCUAGCUAUGAUUCGGCGCCUCAAGCUCACCAGAGGGACUCCAAGCUCAAACCAAAGCUUUCCGAGUAAACAGAUCUCAUUUCAGCUUCAUGCGGGCUCAUCUUUCUGUGGCUUUUUCAAAAUGUUUUACCAGUAUGUUGAAGUGCAGAGCAAAGAAGCAGAAAACACAACAAUUUGUAUAUUUAUGUUCAUGAAUGGAGCUCGGAAAUACUUUUGUUUCUAUAAGUAAAAAAGUGAAUUAACAUACAUUUUAGUGUAUAAAUUGCAUUG